AUGCUCUACUCCGAAGGAAACCGUUUGAUAUAUCGCUACGAUGCCGAAGAACUCUGGAUUGAUUCUUGGGGACCAAACGCAUUCCGAAUCCGUUCCACCAAAGAAUCUCAAUAUCCCAAUCCCUCUGAACUCUGGGCCCUCCAAGAAAUCGACUCUCCAACACCAACAAUUAAAAUCGAAGAAAAAUCAGCCUCAAUCACUAAUGGAUCCAUCCGUGCAACAGUUUCCUCUCGAGGGAAGAUAAUCAUCUACAACGGCGAAGGCAAAAUCCUCUUGGAAGAAUACGCACGUCAUCGUCUCGACGUAACAGACCCCAAAUGUUCCGCCAUAAAUGUCGAAGCCCGGGAAUUCAAGCCCAACCCGGGGGGCAGCUCAACGCAUCAUCUAACCCAACGCUUCGAAUCUCAAGACAAGCACGAAAAGAUAUUCGGCAUGGGCCAAUACCAACAACCCUAUCUCGAUCUCAAGGGUCUGGAUCUCGAGCUCGCGCACCGCAAUUCCCAAGCCAGCGUCCCCUUUGCCAUCUCCUCUCUUGGCUACGGACUCCUCUGGAACAAUCCCGCAAUCGGACGCGCGGUGUUUGGAAAAAAUAUCAUGAGUUUCGAAGCGUACUCUACUUCUUUUCUCGAUUAUUGGGUUGUAGCCGGAGACUCCCCUGCGGAAAUCGUACAUCGCUAUUCAGACGUCACGGGAAAGGUUCCCAUGAUGCCCGAAUACGGACUGGGGUUCUGGCAAUGCAAAUUGCGAUAUCAGACGCAGGAAGAACUCUUGCAAGUAGCGCGCGAAUACAAGAAGAGGGAGUUACCGAUCGAUCUUAUCGUGAUUGAUUUUUUUCACUGGCCGCGUCAGGGCGACUGGAGAUUUGAUGAGAAAUUUUGGCCGGAUCCGGAUGCGAUGAUUGGGGAGUUGAAGGAGAUGGGGAUUGAGCUGAUGGUGUCGAUUUGGCCGACUGUGGAUACGCGGUCGGAGAAUUUCGAAGAGAUGCUCGAGAAAGGCUAUUUGGUAAGGACGGAUCGGGGAAUUAGGAUUGUGAUGGAUUUUGAGGGUGAUACUAUUCAUUUUGAUGCUACGAAUCCGGGGGCGAGGAAAUUUAUCUGGGAACAAGCGAAGAAGAAUUAUUAUGAGAAGGGGAUUAAGGUUUUUUGGUUAGAUGAAGCGGAACCAGAAUACACAGCCUACGACUUCGACAACUAUCGCUACCAUCGAGGCACCAACCUCUCCAUCGGUAACACCUACCCGGUUGAAUACGCCCGCGCUUUCUACGAAGGCAUGUCCGCCUCGGGCCAAACCAACAUUGUGAAUCUUCUCCGCUGCGCAUGGGCCGGGUCCCAAAAAUACGGCGCGCUGGUCUGGAGCGGUGAUAUCGCUUCAUCAUGGUCGUCAUUCCGCAAUCAGCUCACUGCUGGAUUAAAUAUGGGACUUGCGGGAAUCCCAUGGUGGACCACUGAUAUUGGAGGUUUUCAUGGAGGAGAUCCAACGGAUCCGGCUUUUAGGGAAUUGUUUGUGAGGUGGUUUCAAUGGGGGACGUUUUGUCCGGUUAUGAGGUUGCAUGGGGAUCGGGAACCUAAACAGCCGCAGGUGGGAGAGGGAGGUGGAUCGACUUGUUUGAGUGGUGCAGAUAACGAAGUUUGGUCUUAUGGGGAAGAGGUUUAUGGAAUUUGUAAGAAAUACAUGAUGAUGCGAGAAGAGAUGAGGGACUAUACUAGGGAGUUGAUGAAAGAGGCUAGUGAAAAGGGGAGCCCGGUUAUGAGAACUCUGUUUUAUGAGUUUCCGGAGGAUAAGAGAUGCUGGGAAAUCGAGGAACAGUAUAUGUUUGGGCCAAAGUAUUUGGUUUGUCCUGUGUUUGAGGCCGGGGCAAAAAACAUCAAGGUUUAUCUUCCAGCAGGGACAUCUUGGUCGCUGAUUGGUAAGGAGAAAGAUGAAUCUUGGGAAGGAGGGCAUGAGAUUGAAGUCGCUUGUUCCAUUGACACUAUACCUGUAUUCACUAGACAAGAUUAG